AAUAUAACGACUGGGACGACUCCGGCGAUCCCCAUAGUCCCCCACCCAAAACCCAAUCGAAAGCCCAAUUCCAUCCUAAUCGCCGACCCUGCCUGGGCGCGAUGAGUCACUCCGUCAUGUUCUCCGGCAAUGGCGAGGUGGACGCCUGCGUAGGUGAUGCCUCCGGCAUUGGCGAGGAGCAAGUCUGCGUGGGCGAGACCUCCGUUAAGGGCGAUGACGACGCCUGCAAGGGCGAGGCCUCCGUCGUGCUCUCCGGCAAGAGCAGGAACGCCGUCAAGCGCAGAGGUACGGCGGAGUAUCCCUGCGUGAAGCGGCUCCGCGAGCGGCGCCUCCUCUCCUUCCUGCACGACCAAGGCUUCCACGGCGCCUUCCAAGCGCUGGUCGACAAGACUCCGGUGAUCUUCAGAGUGCCGCACAUACGGCUGCUGGUUGAGCAAGGCCGGUGGGCGGACGCCCUCAGGUACCUAAACGCCUACCUGCCGCCGCUCGUCGAGAAUCACACGAGGAGCCGCCGCGCCCAGAUCUUCUAUAACUUCCUAUGGAUGCACUACCGCUUCGCCAACGCCGUCGCGGGCAACAGGGAAAACCAGGAGUACCUGGAAAGGCGUUACGGAAAGAACUCGAGGAGCUCCACCCUCGCCGAGCUCAGGUUCCGUCGUAUCGCCUACACCAUACUUGCCUCAGAGCCCCACCAGCUCGUGGCCACCUACGACUGGAACCAAGUGAGGCAGCACGCGUCGUUUCUAGUCGACUAUCUGGCCAACACAACGCCAGAGCUCAGACGCUCAAUGCCAUUGCCGUCUCGCUACAUGAUGCCACAGCAUGUACUUCCAAUUGGAUCCGGCCGUUUGCACUGGAGGGGGCAUCGCCUAGUGAAGAAACAAGGUCCCAAGAAGCCAGACACAGAAGCUAUCCUAGUGGCCUUGAAGAGCCUCUACAGGGAUCCAAGAGCCGAGUCAAACAAUGACGCGCUGGAAAUGUUGGUGGAUUUCCUUGAUCAAACUUUUCAGGCUGGCCUACGUAGAGGGUGUAAUCUAAGUUAUGCAUCUCAACCAAGUGUAAAUGAAGGUAGUCCUGAUGCUCCGGACGUGCGGCCUAUGCUCGGCAGCUCCACAGAUAAUGCUGAAGGCCAUGCCACAUCAACUGUUCAUUUUUCUGAUAGCAUGCAGGAAUAUGUUCCAGUCUCCCAGUAA